AUGAAGGCUGCCUACACCGCCUAUCGAUGCCUCACCAAAGAACUAGAAGGCUGCGCCAUGAACCCGGAGCUGACAAUGGAAAGUCUGGGCACUUUACACGGGCCGGCCGGCGGCGGCAGCGGCGGGGGCGGCGGCGGGGGCGGCGGGGGCGGCGGCGGGGGCCCGGGACAUGAGCAGGAGCUGCUGGCCAGCCCCAGCCCCCACCACGCGGGCCGCGGCGCUGCUGGCUCACUGCGGGGCCCGCCGCCGCCGCCAGCGGCUCACCAGGAGCUGGGCACGGCGGCGGCGGCAGCGGCGGCGGCGUCGCGUUCGGCCAUGGUCACUAGCAUGGCCUCAAUCCUGGACGGCGGCGACUACCGGCCCGAGCUCUCCAUCCCGCUCCAUCAUGCCAUGAGCAUGUCCUGCGACUCGUCCCCGCCCGGCAUGGGCAUGAGCAACACCUACACUACGUUGACGCCGCUCCAGCCGCUGCCGCCCAUUUCCACCGUGUCGGACAAGUUCCACCACCCGCACCCUCACCACCACCCGCACCACCACCACCACCACCACCACCAGCGCCUGUCGGGCAACGUCAGCGGCAGCUUCACCCUAAUGCGCGACGAGCGCGGGCUCCCGGCCAUGAACAAUCUCUACAGCCCCUACAAGGAGAUGCCCGGCAUGAGCCAGAGCCUGUCCCCUCUCGCCGCCACGCCGCUGGGCAACGGGCUGGGUGGCCUCCACAACGCGCAGCAGAGCCUGCCCAACUACGGGCCGCCGGGCCACGACAAAAUGCUCAGCCCCAACUUCGACGCGCACCACACUGCCAUGCUGACCCGCGGUGAGCAGCACCUGUCCCGGGGCUUGGGCACCCCGCCCGCGGCCAUGAUGUCGCACCUCAAUGGCCUGCACCACCCCGGUCACGCUCAGUCCCACGGGCCGGUGCUGGCACCCAGUCGCGAGCGUCCACCCUCAUCCUCGUCGGGCUCGCAAGUGGCCACAUCCGGCCAGCUGGAGGAGAUCAACACCAAAGAGGUGGCCCAGCGCAUCACCGCCGAGCUGAAGCGCUACAGCAUUCCGCAGGCGAUCUUCGCGCAGAGGGUGCUGUGCCGGUCUCAGGGGACUCUCUCCGACCUGCUCCGGAACCCCAAACCGUGGAGUAAACUCAAAUCUGGCAGGGAGACCUUCCGCAGGAUGUGGAAGUGGCUGCAGGAGCCGGAGUUCCAGCGCAUGUCCGCCUUACGCCUGGCAGCGUGCAAACGCAAAGAGCAAGAACCAAACAAAGACAGGAACAAUUCCCAGAAGAAAUCCCGCCUGGUGUUCACUGACCUCCAACGCCGAACACUCUUUGCCAUCUUCAAGGAGAACAAGCGCCCAUCUAAAGAGAUGCAGAUCACCAUUUCCCAGCAGCUGGGCCUGGAGCUCACCACCGUCAGCAACUUCUUCAUGAACGCCCGGCGCCGCAGCCUAGAGAAGUGGCAAGACGACCUGAGCACAGGGGGCUCCUCGUCCAGCGCCAGCACCUGUACCAAAGCAUGACGGGAGGACUCUCAGCUGGGCACACGUCACCUCCAGAUGAGGACAACAGAUUCCAGAAGAAAAUACAAAGGAAAAAGACACCGGAUUCUUGGCUGGGGCCCUUCACUGGUGAUUCGAAAGCACAAUUCUCUUGGAAAGAAACUUCUAGCUGUAAUCAUAGGCCAGGUGUUCUUUUUUGUUUUGUUUUUAAUGGCUACGGAGUCCAAGUGCAAGCUGAAAAUGAAUCUCUUUGAACCGGACAUUGUCCUCUGAGCAUGCUAAGCAUCUCAGAAGCCCAAAUGGGGCCUUCCUGGAGCAAGUUCAUUUCAGUGUGGUGUCAGCCAAGCUCAGGAUUGCUUAAAAUGUCAACAGUCCUACUUCAGGUCCUAUCAACCUCUUGCAGACCUGGUUCCCAGAUGUAAAGGUGGGAAUUCGGCCUGAGUUUGGGCUCCCAAGAUGCUACAGUAAGAGAAGAAUCUAGCAACCAGAAUGACCUCAUUUGCUUUCCAAGCGCUUAGCCUCAUUCCACCACAGUACACCAGAGUUCACAGCCAUAACAUGAAGAACAUCAGAGUGAUAAUUACUGAGCACAAGUUUUAAAUAUGGAAGUUAAAAAAAAAAAAAAUCCAAGGACCUGUUUUCCCAACUCAGGCAUCUUUUCAUUGAACGGUUUUGAAAGCUUUAAGUUGAUCCAGUUUACAGUUUUCUUUACCUCCUGGAAAUCUCACAUGGUCUUGGAUCCAUCAAAACAACGAAUCAGUUCACUUGAGCUCAAAGUAUCAAGCACAACGAAGAGAAAUAGAGAAGUAAGGAAGGUUUUGGAUUUGCCACAUCUGGAUUUUCAAGACACCGAUAGUGAAGUCACUAGGGAAUCAUUGGGAAUAUGACUUCAAGCACAUUUUGCAGUUUGCUACAAAUUCUGUUUGUACAUAAUGCAGACGCACACUCAGGAGGCCAACUUAACUAUUACGGUACAUGGAGCAAAUGCAGCAUUUAAAAAGAUCUAGAUUUUUUUAGAUCAUCAAUGUAUCCUUCUUGAUGAUUAGUCACCUGGUCCCUCCUACUGUGCAUUCUGGCCACCACGGGACGCAUCCUCACUCUUUCAGAUUUGGGUUGUUCUCUCAUCCAUCCCAUUGGUAGGGACGUUUUCAGUGUUUUCUAGCAAGGAAAAAAAAAUUCAAACCACCAUACAUGUUACUCAUCUAGUCCUAAAUCUUUUGCAUUCUUGAGUCAUCCUAGCAAAACAGCUGAAUAAAACUGGAGAAAACACAGCACACCAAAGAAGCAGAAUACUGCAAACCAAAGACAUUUAUUACUUGCCAUUUUCUAGCCUAAAAAUACUGUGAUUACUUUUAGAAAUCAAAAAACCUCUGCAACUCCAAAUGGCAUUCGGCUCUUGCAAUUGGCUCACUGUCAGGCUGAGUGGACAGGCUAUGCCAAGGACAUUUAGCCAAGCCACCAGGGAGUGGCUUUGCCACACCACUGUGGUUUCUGGCUGUCACCUUCCAACAGCAAGCAGGAGAGCGCCCACAGAACUCUGGGAGGUUGCGAAGGUCACAAUGUGCAUAUUUACCAGUGAACGGCCCCAGGUGGGCACCAUGGGGGUGUUCAAAGCAAGCCAAACGCUGCAAUGAUUCUUUACAGACACUUGAGACUGACUUUUUUAUGAAUUACUUAAUCGAAACCAAAGAAACUUUUUCUGCACCUACUUCUGCAACAAACAAAACUGUCCCGUUAAGAUGAAUAAAUGAAUACGUAAAUCAGUGAAAAUCACCAUCAACAAGAAAGAAGCACGCCAAAAAACAAACAAAUAAACAAAAAAAACAGCGAGACACACUGUGUUCAAACAGACCUCUUGGGACAUUUUUUGGAAGCAGAUUUUAAAGAAAGGGUUGAGACAAGAAUGGAGGUAAGGAAAAGCCUCAGCGACUGCUGCUUCAUUUGACAACUCACGCGGUAAUCUUGAAGUUGAAGAUUGUCUUUAAUUUGUGCCUAUGCAGUUUUUCAAAAGAACAUGGAACAGAGCAACAGAAACCUCAACAGCUACAAUACCAAAGAUGAGGAUUUCUCACACCUUUUGUUUCAGUUCAUUAUCUCUUCUUGCCUGGCUAACACACUAGUAGCGCCAUUGAUCUGUGUAAAGGUAAUCAAUUUUGUUUCUGAGCAACGAAAGGAAAGGGUCAUUUAUUUGAUUUUAUUGUUUCCCUUUAAUUUUGUUUUAUGGCUUUCUACCCCAACAUGGAACCUCUCAGAAGGUUCCAUAAACUCCAAGUUUAAGAUGUUGGGAUAGUGAACGAUUGAUUCUCUUUUCUCUGCUCCACAGAGCAGGGGGGAAUAGUAUUGUCAUUGGAACGUUCUUUGCUUUUCCCUUAGACUUAAGGUUUCUUCUGUGUUCAGUCUCAUCAUCAGGGGAGGGAAGGGGAAUGAGGGUCAGGGUCAGGGGUCUUGGUGACACAUCCCCGCCCGAGCCACAGAACCAAAGAGUUUAUAGAGGAAUUGACAGCCUCGUCUUCAUAUGAUUGCUACAUCCUAACAGGGCUUCAUUUGGGGGUGGGGGGUAACGUGUAAAAAUAAUUGCCAAUUUCUACUUUUCUAUUAGCUUUUUAAAAAUCAGCUGUAAAGUUGCAUUUCUAAAGAAAGAUAUAUAUAUAAUAUAUGAACACAUAUAUAGAUUCAACUUGACAUCGGUGAUAACCCCAAAAUGAUUGCUGUCCAAAUUCAUGUCCUGUUUUUGCCAAGUGCUUCAUUUAUUAAGUAUUCAGUUCAGAAUUUUGCUCAUUUCUCAUGCCAUCCCAGAGUUCAUUUGCCACUGUGGAUGCUUUGGAGUGUUCAGAUUUCGUGAAAAUUCCUGGGAAAGAUUGAAAAUCAAGUUCAAGCAUUUCAACAUUUAAGCUGUUGAUAAGGGGAUCCAUAGUGGAAAUGAGUUUUAUUUGUAUUUCAAGUCGUCUCUAAUUUAUGCCUCAACCAUGACCAAGGUGGUAAGAGAGGGUCACGCCUCAGACCCACCCCGUAACUGGGCCAGGGCCAGCGGGGGGGCUCAUCUCCGAUACCUUCUGGGAAGGCUCAGCGGUGCAUUCCCGCCAGUCACGGAGAGGAGGCCAGCCCGGGAAUCUGUUCUCCAGGAGCCUCCCUGUUCGUCAGGCGGCUCCAGGUGCUCCUCUGCGAGGAGAUCCACCAAAGGGGUUUCUUGCAGGGGAACUCCCGCUCCCGUUGCACUGCGUGGAUCAGGUUUCCUCAGGGUGGUAAUUACCAAUUUGCAACCACAGCUGGCACUUGGUUGAGGCAGGGAUGUUGUUAGGGGUGGGGUGCGUGUGUCAGUCCUGGAGAGAAAACACCAAGCAGGAUUUGGGAAGGACCCCUGAGUCCUGCCCCUGGGAACCCCAUUGUCCUUUGUCCCACCUCUCACUCCCACCAUGUGGGUCUCCCUUUGCAGAGGCAGCAGCCAUGGAGCUGUGAAAGAAUGUGACUCUCCAUGACUUUUGUCAUUCAUCCUACCUGGGGAUGUUCCUUGACUUUUCCCUGUGUCUCUCUGUCUCCUGCUCAUAU